UUUUGAUACCGAGGAUAUUUUUAAACUGUAUAAAUAAUGAGUCAAGCUACAGGUAAAAAGAAGGGAGGUGGAUUUUUGUCCAGGGCAGCGAAAGCCAAAGAUAAAGCGACGCUAGAACCAAUCACGGAAGAUGAAUUACUAAAGAAAAAAGACAUUUCACCCGAUGAAGUUUUGCGUUUACAAAAAAUAUCAGAAAAGUACUUGUGCACUCCAGAUGCUAACAUAUAUGGCAUUGACUUCACACGUUUCAAGCUGCGUGACAUGGAAUCUGGAGCUGUAUUGUUUGAAGUGGCAAAACCUCCCCCAACAGAUGAUGAUGACGACAUGGAUCCAGAGGAAAUCGACCCUAAUGCAGGAAGAUUUGUACGAUAUCAGUUCACACCACAGUUCCUUAAAUUGAAAACCGUUGGUGCUACGGUGGAGUUUGUAGUUGGAGAUAAGCCUGUGAACAAAUUCCGCAUGAUUGAGAGACAUUACUUCAAAGAAAAAAUGUUGAAAAGCUUUGACUUUGAAUUUGGCUUCUGCAUCCCUCAAAGUAGGAAUACAGUGGAACAUAUAUAUGAAUUUCCAUACUUAUCUCCAGACGAAAUUGAAGAAAUGAUUGAUCAUCCAUUCGACACCAGAUCAGACAGUUUCUACUUUGUUGAUGAUAAACUGAUCAUGCACAACAAAGCAGACUACGCAUAUAAUGGAGGAACGUAACACUGCCUUCUUAUGACCAGCAGGCCUGGACACUUCAUAGGAGGGCACACUGCCAGAGAACACUACAUACCAGCAAACUUGUGCAAACAGAGACA